AUUACUAAUUUUGACAGUUGACAGAAACAACUGUCAAGUUGUAAUUUUUGUAAAUAAGAAUAUACUGAAAACGUGCACGAGUUUCCAAAAAACGGUUUUCACGUAAUGCAGUCUUCAAGCAGCGCCCCGCUUUUACAGUGGAGCCCCGACAAAAAGCACUCCGACGCUGAACGUUGGAUUUGCGUGUAUCCGGCAUACAUUAACAACAAAAAGACCGUUGCACAGGGCAGACGAAUCGCCAAAGAAAAAUGUGUCGAAAACCCCACUUACCAAGAAAUGCGUGACGUUCUCGUAGCUGCUGGUUUUAAGGUAGGAGUCGAGAACAAACUUUACAGCAGGGAACGAAGCAAGGAGCUUUUAUACAGAGGUCGAUUACGCGUCCAGCUAAAAAAUAAUGACGGCACCCCAAUUAACAAAGACAUUCCAACUAGGGAUAGCGUGAUGUUGCACUUAUGUGAGAUGAUUCCCAAACUGAAGACACGACAAAAUAAAUCAGGGGGAGAGCAGCCGCAGUCCAACCCCAGUUCCGGCAAGGGUAAAGGAAAGGGCAAGGGGCGAAGAUAGAGGUGAAAUUUCGUACUAUAAGAGUUGAUUUUUUUUUUAUAUGUAACAAAAAGUAUUGACCAAAAUAAAAAAUACAAAACGUUGAA